AUGCGAAUCAACAGUAAAACUGUUUUGGAAGGGGAAAAGGUUGUGUUAGUCCCCUACAGGAAAGAACAUGUUCCAAGGUUUGUAAAUUUAUUCUUGUAGUAAUUUUUAUGGUUUUAACUGCGUGAAGGACAAAUAGGGUAAGCUUCUUAGCUUAUUUAAAAACGCCCACUGCAAACAGCGCAGCAAAUAAGUGGAAAUGAAGAUCAGCUGAAAAGACAAUUUGCCACGUUAUAUACAUUUUUAAAAUUGUUAUUUUUCCUUAACAUCUUCUGUUCUUUUUGUUGAAAUUAAUUUUAAAUAUCCUUAUGUAGAUACCAUGACUGGAUGCAAUCUCCUGAGCUGCUGGAACAAACAGCAUCUGAAAGGCUUACAUUAGAACAAGAAUAUGACAUGCAAAACAGUUGGUUUCAGGAUGAAAACAGUAAGCCGGACUGCUGAGAACUAAACCCAUACAUUGUCCUUUCUGUGAAUGUAUCAUCUCCCGGAAAGCUUCUAAAACACUAAAGCAAAACAUAAUUGUUAUCUCCAGGGAGGAGGUUAAAGAAAAAGGAACUAUUAAUUAAACCUCAAAAUUUUAUCUAAUUAUUGAAAGCAAUUGAAAGUAGCAUAUUGCUCAGACUCAGGAAACUAAAAUCAUGUGUCCUCCUGAACUCGGCUCCAGCAGAACAAAGAGAUGUAUAUCUAGUUAAACAUCAAGGGCCAAAAACUUAAACGUAGUUUAGCCAGUGUUUAACAAAACUGCAUUAAUAAUAAUAAUAAUAAUAAUAAUGAUAAUAAUAAUAAUAAUAAUAAUCAACUUUAUUUAACAAGGGUAACACGGGACAGUACUUCAACUGAAUAACUAGUGGCCGUCAAACUAAAAUUAUGCAAUAAAAACCAAGUAACCAAAAAUACAUAUCGUUAAAGAAACAGAACUACAAAUAUUCUAAGUCAUUUUCAAUUUGCCCAACGAUUUUAUCUAAACAUCAUUUAUUAUGGACAGUUUUAUGGAAGCAUAUAGAGAAGACUAGAAAAGCAUUUAUCUUCUUAAAACAACCCACCAAAGAAGAGAUCUGGAGGUUCAAAGAUUUGUUAAACCGUGGCUAGAGUUAGACUUCGUUUAAAUAUUUGGCCCUAAGUGUUUCCUUUAUAUUUGGUUUAAAAAAUAUUGAUGAAGUGAUUUUUAUUUUAGAGUGUACAUUUAUUAUCUUGGACAAAAGAAAAUGGCUACAACCUGAGACGACAGAGACAGGUUUGAAAAAUUUCUUGUAAUACUCUUUUGAGGAUGAAUGCUAAAAAAAAUGUCCAUACUAUGUGUACUAUGCAUGCACCCCCCCUCCCAGGGGGUGGGGGGUACUCAACUGGUAUUUGGGUAGAGGUGAGCUGCUGAGGGUUUGAAACCCUGACCAUGUUUAGGACAAAAAAUUCCUAAAAUACUUACAUGUACACUAGCUGUUUAGGACAGACUUGUGCAAAAUUAUAUACCCUGUUUAGGAUAGAAGGGAUGAAAACCAGACACUGUCCAGCGGCACAUCCACGUAUCGGUCAUAUAAGGGAGUAUACCCUAGGACUAUAGGCCAAGUGAAAUUGGUAAUGAUUAAAUAAAGUUAUUUAUCAAAACGAUAUUUUUUUUGUUUAAAGAGUGCAUGGCGGGUGAUGUUAACCUCUUCCUUGAUGACAGUAGACGGGACGUGGCGGAGAUAGAGAUUAUGAUAGCAGGUAAAAGAUAUCAACUGUUAAGGAGUCAUUUCAUAAGGUAGGUUGAGCAUGAUCGUCGGAGUUAACGUAGUCCUUAAUAGGACUGUUGUGGACAGUGACUGACGUUUUGACAACCUGUGUGGCAGUCAUCUUCAGAGUCAAAGUGACUGGUGUAAUGUCAGUUGAUGGUAUUAAACUCUGGUUAUUGAAAUGAUUUAUCAAUUAUGUUGUGAUGUUAUUAGUCCUCUGUCAGUUAAACUGUGAUGUUAUUGGCUAUGAAGACUCAAAUCUCAUUGGUGCAAUGAUUCUGACCUGUCUAUUGCCACAAUUUAACAGUUGUUUACUGUUAGUCAAAUUGUUGGUUGUCCAGUUGUCCUCUCAUAGUUAGUUUUGCUUGAGUCCGUCAAUAAGUCAUUUGUACAGUGAGAGUACGGGUUGUCAAAAUGUCAGUCCCUGUCAACAACAGUCCUAUGCAGGUCUACAUUCACCCAGACAACCAUGCUCAACCCACCUAUAAAAGGAUAUAAAGUUGUCUAGGCGAUUCUUGCUGUGUCCUUAUAGUACAAUCAUCAUGUGGGCUGUGAUAUUUUUGUUUGCCUGUAGCUGGUGUGGAUAAUUUAUAUUCUGUGAGUAGCAGUGUAAUAAUUAUUAUUUCUUUUUAAAUAUAGAACCAUCUUGUCGAAGAAAUGGCCUUGGAAAAGAAGCUCUGCUAACUAUGAUGCAUUAUGGUACCGUAUGUUGAAAAAAUACCAUUAGUGUAGCAAAUAAAAUGGAAUAACCACAAUCACCAUCAAAAGUGUUGGAAAAGCCACCACUUUCUUCACCUCUUUAUUUUUCUUCCUUCCUUCCCCUGCCUCUAGCUGGUACAAUUGUUUUACAACAGUAAAGUGUUUUGUCCAUUUAGUAAAUUGUUCUGUUAUAUCCCACCAUUGAAUAGUGGGGAUGAUGGAACAACUGAUCAUGAGGUAUGCAUUCUGCUGACGGGCCUUUUGAUGUAGACUCUAUUAAAUUGUUUCAAACCUUGGCCAGCCAGGUGAGGUAAGAGUGUCCUCCAUUACACUUCAAGAUAGGUUGAAAGCCUGAAUGUAUGUAAUGUUUCCUUGACUCUCCUCUAAAACCAUCUGGGUUCCACUGUGAGAAUUUUGACACUUUCAAAUAAACCUCAUGGCCUUGUCUAUCUGAAUAUGGGUAGCAGACCACUUAGAUUGUAUAAUAAAUUGUUAUUAUAGAACCAAAAAAGAAAGCAUGUGCUGAAUACUGGCAUUAAUAUUUUUUAUUUUGAACAGUUUUGUCUAAUAUUGUCUUGUCUCUUUUGGGCAUUAGGUAACACCACCUUAGGAAUCCAAAAAUAUGAAGCAAAGAUUGGUUGUAGUAAUGAUGCAAGUUUAAGACUGUUCAACAAAAUAGGAUUUACAGAGGUAAAUUUUGGUUAAUAUCUAGUGUUGAGGUCUUGCAAUGGGUAGAAGCGACAGGUGACAUGACCCUGAAAACUGGUGACAAUCCUCUUAGAAAGCACUGACAAUUGGCAGAAAAGGAGGAAAAUAUUGUGACAGGGACAAUCCAUUUUCAAGUUGUGAAAGCCACGUCUGUUCACUUUUGCAUUUUGGCUGUUUUGGCAGCAAAAUAACAAAGUUCUCUCUUCCAUUAUUUCUGAAGAUUUUCUGUCAGUUUCUGCUGCUAGCUAGGGCAAGUAAGUAUUAGGGCUACUUCAGGUUCAGCGGAGCCAAGAUCUGGAAUGCACUUUCUCUGGACCUGAGGAGUGAACACCAUAUUAAUAAGUUUGCGUUUGACCUAAAACGUCAUUUUAGAUCCAAGCCUAAUGAGCUUUCCUUACCUUCGUUAUACUUAGUUGUACAUUUUUUAUCUUUAUUUUGUUGUGUGUGUUGUUUUUUCUUUUUCAUCAGGGUCCCAUUCAGACCAGCCUUGCUGAACUGGGCAUCCCUGUCUAAAUAUUGUUUAAAAUAAAAAUGAAUAAAAAUAAGAUUAACAUAAUAUUGUUCUUGAUUGGUUUCUUGAAGUAGAAAAGUGAGCAUUGUGAUUAAUUAUUGUCAGGUUCCAUAUCUGUGGUAAAUUCCAAUUUGAGUAUCACAAAUUGAAAUUUAUGCAGAAACGACAGGGACAUUUUUGUCCUAGCUAAAAUGCAACAGCAGCAUAUUUUCCCUAACCAAGCAACAGGCAGUCUCAGAAAUGACUGACAAAGCGACAGCAUACCCCUUCCCCCCCCCCCCCCCCCUUGGAAGGCCUCAAUAUUGCAUUUUUCUUUCUUUCAGUGAAAAUUUAGUGAUAAACUUUAACUGAUAUUAACUAUAGUAACUAAUAGUUGCUUUUGUUUGAAUGUUCUUACUCAUCAGAUUUCUGUUAGUGAAGUGUUCAAAGAGGUGACGUUAGAACUGAAUGUCACUGAAGCUGUUCAACAAUACCUUGCACAGGCCACCAGCCACAUUUGCAUUCACACAUAUCCGCACAGACCUGGUGACAAAACUUUGAAGUAG